UCCACCUCCUCGGGGGGUGUUAAUUAAAACCGGUUGAUUCCCCCUCCACCAUCGAUCCCGCCGCCGGCUCUUCCCGCUCUUUACAGCUCUGUCGCCCCCCUCCGCCCCCCUCCACGUGAUCGCUCAGAUCUGGGCCGCCUCCCCUCCAUCCGUCUGGACCAGGACUCAAGUCAUUGGUUCACGCCCUCGUUCACUCGUGCUCUCUCUCAUUGGCUCACAGAGGCUGUCCUGAUAUGGGUUGUGAUCAUGCGUCUCUUGAAUGAGUCAUGAGGCAUGAGGUAUUUUUAGAUUGUGUCAGGGGGAUUUCUUUCUGAACUAUUGCGUCUAUGGCGGAUGAGGCUUCUCAGAGCAUAAGUAGCGCACGGUAGUUGUAGUAUUGUCUCCUCUCUCGCAGAGUGAGCACUGAUCAAAAUGUCAGGUAGAGUUUUUCAUGCCCUUGCAGGAACGCUACUUGAUUCUUAAAGGACGGCAGAUGUGCUAGUUAGUGGGAGAGUCAAUGUACCAGUAAGACAUUGAAACAGGGGUACUUGUGAUCGUGCCACCGAUUGUGGCUGGGAAAAGCUAAAAAGGAUAAAGUAAUGCAAAAUAGGAUCCAUGACAAUUUUCAUUGAUGAUGAUCCAAUGUCAAUAAUAAUAAUAUGAAAUAUUUGGUCAGUUUAAACUAUACAAAAGUGAAAAUUGUUGCUCCUACUUUCUAAACUGUGUGUAAAUGUUCUUGUUUUUUUAACAGAUUGUUUAUCAGCCGAUCAUAUCCAAUUAAUAAAUCUUCACAUUUCGCCGUAUGCACAUGCACACACAAACGCAAUCGCAAUUGGUUUCCAUAGUUACCUGUGAUGCAUGCCAUCACAACCAGAACAUCCCCGUUGAUUCCUGAGUGCUAUUUAAGAACCGAAAGUAUUUUGUUUGUUGGUGUGUGUUUGUUGGUGUGUGUUCCGGUUUCUUUGACCAGGCAUUUAUCAACAUAUCGGAAUAUCAGCCUGUAUUAGUCAUAUGCUAGUGCGGUCCCCUCAAUAGUCAACCUUUUACUCAAACCGUGACAUCAUCAGGUUGGACUUGUUUCGUCAUGGAAAAACUACUUUAGGAAUAAUCCAAUCUAUAUGUUUUCCGCUCAAAGGAUCGAUCCACUGGACCACAUCAUGGAACAGGGCGGGGCUUCAGUAGGCGUUUGUUGGUGGUGGGGGUGCUUCUGAAAAAAGUGCAACACUUUUAUCAUGAUGUCCUCUUGGAGGUCUGGAGGUAAAGCCUAACUUUCGUAGUUUCUCCUCUGGCUGUGGAUAAGGGCCCAUCUGCUGUGGAGAUUACGCCAUACCUUAGACGGGUGAAAGUUUCUUGAUUUGUCCUUGACAAUCUCUGUAUUAUUUUCCAACGAGUGAAAUCGAUUUUUAGAUAAUUACCUUUAUGGCUCCAUUCAGGUAAUUAAGUUGAUUAAUUUCUUUGAUUUGUUGAGGGGUAACGUCUUUAUAACGCCAGUAUCCUUAACGUCUUCAGUCACUUGGCUUUUCUUUGUUCCAAGCAAACUUGAUCCUUAUCACAGUUAAAAACUGGUUGAAAACCAGAGGAUUACCAGUUCUGAAAGGAGUUUGAAUAUCUAACAAUUGAGAGAACACACUGUUUGUGGAAAACAAGAUUUUGUGGAGACCCAUUCCCAAUCUUGUGAGAAGCCAGCCGUUGUGAAGACCCAAACUUGUUUAGACAAGCCUUUGAGAAGACCCCACUUUUGACGAAACCCAACGGUUAAGAAGAUCUGGUCUUUGUGAAGACUCAUUCUUUGGGAAAACAGCUUUUGGAACACGAUAUUUGUGCAGACCCAACGUUUGUGUAGACCCAGGCUCCGCAGAGUACAGGGGCCCAGGGCUGUGCAACGGCACCCAAGAGCCCGGAACCCUGGAUGAACAGAGCGUCCGCCCGGAGCAGGGUGGAGCGGAGGAGGAGGAGGAGGCCCCAUCCGCGGAGAUGACAGACCACCCAGCGACUGAGGACAAGGAAGACAACCACCAGGACCACCACCAGGACCACCACCAGGACCACCAUCAAGACAACAACCAGGACCACCACCAGGACCACCACGACGGGUAUACCCCCAAGAAGCGGGGUGCUCAGGCCAAGCACCACCAACCUCUGGAACACCAGUCCAGCGGUUUGAUGACCCCCCGUCAGCAGCACGACCCGGCGCACCGUGGCUCGCUGUUCACUGCCGAGCACUUCGACUUUGAGGAGUUUGUUCUGGAUUUCGACGACUAUGACCUGCUGGAGUCCAUCCACAGCCAGCUGGCGUCUCCUCUGGAGCCCAUCCGUCACAGAUUCGAGGACAACCCCGGCGUGAGAAGACACCUGGUGAAGAAGUCGUCGCGAUGCCAGCUGUCCCGGGCCAACAGCUCCGGGCCGCUGUCCAGCCUCAAGAAGAAGAAGAGGGCGGCGGACAAGAAGACCCACGAGGUGUUUGUGGAGCUGAACGAGCUGAUCGUGGAGAAGGACCACGAGAUGCGCUGGAAGGAGCGCGCCCGCUGGAUCAAGUUUGAGGAGGACGUGGAGGAGGAGACGGAGCGCUGGGGCAAGCCCCAUGUGGCCUCGCUCUCCUUCCGCAGCCUGCUGGAGCUCCGGCGCACCAUCACCCACGGAGCCAUCCUGCUGGACCUGGAGCAGAACACCCUGCCAGGCAUCGCCCACCUGGUGGUGGAGACCAUGGUGAUGUCGGACCAGAUCCGGGCUGAGGAUCGUUCGGGGGUCCUGAGGGCUCUGCUGCUCAAGCACAGCCACCCGAGUGACAUGAAGCACCGCUUCCACCGCCUGCAGUCCACCAGCAGCCUCCACGGCAGCUUCAACCACCAAGCCAACCACCAGCACCCCGCGCCCCCACCCGACACCCACCUGCCACCGCUGGCCGAGGACGGCGAGGAGCACCCAGACAAGGGGCCUGUGUACGACCCCAAGCAGGAGGUCUUCGUCAGCCUGUUUAAAUCGCUCCACCCGCUGCCCCCCGAGGGCCACCCUGCUGCGGCCCGCUCCAUGAAGCUCCUCGCUAAGAUCCCUAAAGAUGCAGAGGCCGUCAUCGUUCUCUGUGGUUGCGUGGAGUUCCUGGAGCAGCCAGCCAUGGCGUUCGUCAGGCUGAACGAGGCGGUGCUGCUGGAGUCGGUGCUGGAAGUCCCAGUCCCCGUACGGUUCCUCUUCGUCCUGCUGGGCCCAAGCCAGAAUAACAUGGACUACCAUGAGAUCGGGCGCUCCUUUUCCACACUCAUGUCUGACCAGAACUUCCACGAGGUGGCCUACUUUGCCGACGACCGGCAGGAUCUUCUGAACGGGAUCAACGAGUUCCUGGACUGCAGCAUUGUGCUCCCGCCGUCGGACGUGGCGGGGAAAGACCUCCUGAAGACGGUCGCCGGCUUCCAGAAGGAGAUGAUGCGCAAGAGGAAGGAGCGGGUGCUGAAGAAGCAGCAGUCCUUCUGCCUGGGACCAGAGCAGGUCCACAAAGAAGCAACUCAGGAGGAGCAGGAGGAGGCGGACCAGGAGGUGGACCCCCUGAAGCGCUCGGGGGUCCCGUUCGGUGGGCUGAUCCACGACAUCCGGCGGCGCUACCCACGCUACGUCAGCGACCUCCGCGACGCGCUGGACAUCCAGUGUGUGGCCGCCGUCAUCUUCAUCUACUUCGCCGCGCUGUCGCCCACCAUUACCUUCGGAGGGCUGCUCGGAGAGAAAACGGAGGGCAUGAUGGGAGUGUCGGAGCUCAUCGUUUCCACGGCAACCCUGGGCGUUGUCUUCUCCCUGCUGGGGGGUCAGCCACUGCUCAUCAUCGGCUUCUCUGGCCCCCUGUUGGUGUUUGAAGAAGCCUUUUAUAAGUUCUGCCAGGCCCAUGACUUUGAGUACCUGACGGGCCGGGUGUGGAUCGGCUUCUGGCUGGUGUUCAUCGUGCUGGUCAUGGUGGCGGCUGAAGGCAGCUUCCUGGUGCGCUACAUCUCGCCCUUCACCCAGGAGAUCUUCGCCUUCCUCAUCUCCCUCAUCUUCAUCUACGAGACCUUCUCCAAGCUCAUCAAGGUGUUCCAGGAGCACCCCUUGAUGGAGACCUAUCCUGCCUCCCACUCCCAUACGGGCCCUUGGAUCGGCAUCAAAGUGGGCGACCCUUCAGUGGGUCACGAGGACGAGGCCAUGGUCCUGAACCAGCCCAACACGGCCCUGCUGUCCCUGGUCCUCAUGAUGGGAACCUUCUUUGUCGCCUUCUUCCUGAGGAAGUUCCGCAACAGCCGCUUCCUGGGUGGGAAGGCCAGGAGGAUCAUCGGUGACUUUGGGAUCCCCAUCUCCAUUUUAUUAUCCGUUCUUUUGGAUUACUCCAUUUCCGACACAUACACACAGAAGCUCAACGUGCCAUCGGGGUUCUCGGUGACGUCCCCGGACAAGCGGGGCUGGUUCAUCAGUCCGUUCGGGGACAAGAAGCCCUUCCCCCCCUGGAUGAUGGCCGCCUCCAUCGUCCCCGCCCUGCUCGUCUUCAUCCUUAUUUUCAUGGAAACCCAGAUCACCUCGCUGAUAGUGAGCAAGAAGGAGCGGCGUCUUGUGAAGGGCUCUGGCUUCCACCUUGACCUGUUGCUCAUCGUGACGCUGGGCGCCUUCUGCCCCCUGCUGGGCCUGCCCUGGCUCACCGCCGCCACCGUCCGCUCGGUCACGCACGUCAACGCCCUCACGGUCAUGAGCAAGGCCACGGCGCCCGGGGCCAAGCCCGUCAUCCAGGAGGUCAAGGAGCAGAGGGUGACCGGGCUGGUGGUGGCUGUGCUCGUCGGUAUGUCCAUCGUGAUGACCGACGUGCUGCGGCUGAUCCCAUUGGCCGUGCUGUUUGGGAUCUUUCUAUACAUGGGCGUGACCUCGCUGACGGGCAUCCAGCUGUACGAGCGCAUCACCCUGAUGGUGACGCCCGCCAAGCACCAUCCCGACCACCUCUACGUUACCAAGGUGAAGACGUGGCGUAUGAACAUGUUCACGCUCAUCCAGCUGGCGUGCAUCGUGAGCCUGUGGGUGGUGAAGUCCACGGAGGCGUCGCUGGCCUUCCCCUUCAUCCUGAUCAUGACCGUCCCGCUGCGCCGCCUCGUCCUCUCCAGGAUCUUCCAGGAGCGAGAGCUGCAGGCGCUGGACUGCGACGAGGACACCCCAAACUUUGACGAAGACGGACGGGACGAGUACAACGAGAUCCACAUGCUGGUCUGAGAUAUGGACGCCCAGCCAGCCAGCAAGUCAGCUAGUCAGCCAGCCAGUCAGCCAGACAUCCUGCGGGACCAACCCUUGAAAAUCCCCUUCCAUGGACCCACUACA